UCCUUUUAACAAAUAUAAGAAAUUAUUUAAUGAAGCUAAUGAAUGGGAGGGUGAGGGUUACACAGGAAUGUGUAAUUAUACUUUUAAAAGUAAAGUAGUUGGUGAAAUACACAAAGAGGAUCAUUUUGAUAAAGUAUGUCGAGUAGCUUAUAAUUACUUAUCUUCUUUAGGUUUUAAUAAUGAUAAAGUUAUGGAUGAAGGAUGUAAAUAUUUGUACUAUGGUAUAUAUAAUAAUAUACUGAAAAAUGAAGAGUGUAAUUAUGAUAAAUUACGAUUUUACAAAAUGUUAUUGAAUGAAUAUUUUGAAAAUUCUGGUACUUGGUUAUCAUAUGAAAGUUAUACUGACAAUAUGCAUAAACAUAUAGAUGAAAAAAACAAUGAUUUAAUGGAAAUGUAUGAUAAUUUUUAUAAUUUUAUGAAUAGUUUAAAUAAUCAAAAGGGGAUACCUUGUAAAUAUGCUGAAAAAUGUAUUAAUAUAUAUAAAGAAUGUAUGAAAAAAUGCCAAACUAAUGAUGAAUGGUUUUGUUUACAAUUAGAAGAUUUUAAGAAACGACAUUAUCAAUAUAUGGAAGAUUAUUUCCCCUGUAACACAUUACAAAAUUUUUUUCCCUAUAUCGGAAGGAGCAAACAAAAGGUUAUUAUAUUAACACCAAUUAUUCCAAUAACAUUAAUAUUAUCAAUUUUAUAUAUAUUAUAUAAGGUUAGUACUAACAACAUUUACUA